AUGGUUCUCGCCAGCCACCCCAACCCAAAGGCCCCGGUCCUCUCCCACUUCGACCUCACUGGCAAGGUCGCCAUAGUCACAGGAGGUUGCCGUGGAAUUGGGCUGGAAGUAGCCCGCGGGCUCGCAGAGGCAGGCGCCAACGUGGCCAUCACUUACACGAGCCAGAAGCCCGCCGACGCGGACGCCACGGCGGCCUCCCUCGCCGCCACCACUGGGAGGGUGGUGAAGGCGCUCAAGUGCGAUGUUAAGAGCAGGGACGACGUCUUCGGGGCCGUGGAGAGGGUCGUCGCCGACAGGGAGCUCAGCCCGGACGGAAGGCUCGACAUCGCCGUCGCCAACGCCGGCACGGCGUGCAACACCCCGGCGCUGGACUACCCGGAGGACAAGUUCAGGGAGAUGCUGGACGUCAACUUCCACGGGACGUUCUGGGUGGCCCAGGCGGCUGCGCAGGUUUUUGAGAGGCAGUGGAAGGCGGACGGUGGGGAGGAGGGCGGCGCGCAGAGCCGGUGUAGUAUUAUUUUCACGGCUUCGGCGUCGGCGAUCCUGGUCAACGUCCCGCAGAAGCAGGCCGCUUACAACGCCAGCAAGGCCGCGCAGGUUCACCUGGCCAAGUCUCUGGCGGUGGAGUGGGCGGACUUUGCGAGAGUCAUGUUGGGGGAUGACUAA